UUUGUGGGUUGUUCACAAUGGAGAUUAAAAACAAAAGGAUCAGAUUUUUUUUAUUAUUUAAAUGAAGAAAUUGAUCCUUUAUUAUUAAAAAGAUUAUUUGAAAAAGAAGCAAAAACAUAUGGAAUACCAAAAACAGGGAAAAAUAGAGGAUUGGUUGCAAGAGAAAAACAAUCAAUUAAAAGAGCAGAAACUACUAAAGUGGAUUUAGAUGAAGAAGAGCGUCUAUUAGAUAUUGAAGAAAGAAAACUUAAACUUGAAAGAGAAAAACUUGAAUUAAUGAAAUUAUGUAGAGAGAUUAGUCUAAGUGGGCUUGAUGAUGAUAAAAUUUAA